ACUAAAAUCAUGAAAGUACAUAUUUCUUUUCCCUUUUCUCAUGCCGUGUAUAUAAACAAUAACAUGGAAAUAAUGCGGAAGUACCGAUUCAUCGAAUUAUCACGUCCAACAUUCAAUUCAUUAAACAUAUUAUAUUGUAAUGUAAAUUGUAACCAGUACAGGCAUAUAUUCAUUUGCGUUUACGUCAAAACUUAAACAAGUUGUUUACUAUGUACAAAAGAAAUUUAACUCCACAUUUAAAAAUACAGGAAGUUUUUAGGAUGUUUUUAAAAAUAACAGGAACUACAAUAUGCUAUCGAAUUACGUGAAGUAUCUUUGAAUUCAGAUUUUUUUCGUAUAUAUAAAGUCUUCACAAUUAAGAAUGAGACAGAACGGAAGUCAUUAAUAUGAAGUCUUCAGUGUUGAGCGCUCUUUUCGUCCUAACAAUAGCGUGUUUGAUACUUCAGGCUCAAAGCCAAGGAUGUACAUGCGGAGGUUUGGGAGAAGGUUCAAAUCCUUGUGCUCAAAGCGAAGUCGUUGUGAAAGCUACAAAAUUACCAAAACCUACACAUUUUGUGCCAGCAGAAGAAAUCAAGGAUGCUGCAACUGGAAAGAAUAUCCAAACAGGUUGUUCCAACUCAGGAAGUGAGAGCAACUCCAGUCCUUGUAACAGUAAUGGUAACACCUGUGGAUGCGAUAAAAAUCCAAAUGCACAAAGUGAAAGCAUUGAACAUAAUGACAGCAGUUGUAGUUGUAAUAAGCAAAAUAUAGAAACUUUGGAUGUUGAGGAUUCUGUGAAUUCCAACGGCAAUGUUGCACCAAGAUUUCCUCCAAUUGGUGAUUUAUGUUAUCCUCUUCCAAUGGAACCUAAUAGUGGAAAAAUAAUAGAAAAAACUAAAGUUACACCAGCUUAUCCUGGCAAACUUGUAUGUUGUCCUUCAUCAGUUCCACAUGAAAUUUGUAUAAAUACAGCUACUGGAGAAACUAAAAGUAAAACACUUAGUUCCUCUGAUGCUACAUCCAAAACUGUUUCGCAUGGAGGCAUAAAUUUUGACAUGCUUAGUGGAUUAAAUUCUGCAAUGUAUAAUUUACCCUUAGUUUAUGCUCACUUAAAUAAUGAAAAUAGACAAAACCAAUAUUCAAAAAUGAGUAUGAGUAGCAGUUCCUCAGAUUGUUUUGAUGAUGCUACAGGUGAAACUCAAGAACAUAAUUCAGCUCCAGCAAUACCAGCAGAUGCAGUUUCUCUUACCCUUGCAUAUAAAAAUCUUCGUGCACCAAAUGUAAUUUACAGGCAAGGAAAACAAUUUGUUCCAGAAGAUAAAUUGUCCUUUGGUCACCGUACAGUACCAGUUGAUGUAAAAAGUGAAAGCCAAAUUCCUGAUAUUGCAGAAGAAAAACUGGUAACAGUAAAUAAACCUAUUGUAGAAUUAAAAAUAGCACCUCAAAAAACUGUUGUUAUUGGUACUUAUGAUGAGCAAGAAGAAGCAAAACUUGCAGAGCUUGAAGCAAUUGAACGUGAAAGUAUAACGCAAGAAGAAACUUCUGAUCAAGAAAGUCUUAUUACCUACAAAGAUUUGGGUUAUGCACCAAUAGAUGCAACUUAUAUAAAUACAAAACCUAUGAGUUACAGUCAAGGAAUAAGUAGUGGAAAAAUUGAUGAUAGUGAAGAGGAGCCAUGUGGACCUUUAGGGCCAUCAAUACCAGGCUAUAUUCCAGGAAAAAUUAUAGUUCAAGAAAAGUUUAUUGAUGAUAGUUUUAGCAAUUCAGAAUCUAGGUCAUGUCCAACAUAAUUUAUUAAAUAAUGAUAAUACAUGUAUAUUCAAUUCUUUCUGUUUUAAAUUCUGCUGAAGCUGCAUAUUCUUUUCAUAAAGGAAGAUAACAAUUUGCACUAGUAAACCGGAAGGAUUGAAUAUUAAGCAAAAUAAAAACAUUGUAAUUUAAGUAUUUAAUAAUAAAAAAUUUUAUAAUAUUAAUGCGUUUUCAUUCUCUUUUAUACUGUUUUUAAUAAUAUAUUAUAAAAUUUGUUAAAUGAAAAUAACUUGUUAAAAAUACAUAAUAUUAUAUAACUGUGUGUAAAAUUUUGAAAUAAAAUAGAAAUUUCUAACGUAUUAUACAUGUAUACAAUAUGUUUACAUUAACUAUCAACAAUAAGUUUAUGUGGGCAUAAAGUAAAAUUAAUAGCCUCUACUAAUUUUCUAAUAAAUUAAUCGUUCGUUAAUUAGUUUGGAUUAGCAUUUAAUAAUUAUUAUAUUUUACUUCCUCCUUCAAUUUUCUUAAGAACUAAACAGAGAUUACGUUAGAAAUUUGAAUUGCAUAACCUAUCAAUUGUAGCAUAAAAAUUAAUAAAUCAAAAUAAUUAAUAAAAAUAGUUAUUCAUAGCAACAUAUUUAAACAAAAAAUGUAUAUAUGAGUUUAUUUAUAAAAAUAAUAUGUAUAAUAUAUAUAUAUAGGUUUUA